AUGUUGGCAUACCGGAGCCCAUCAAACAGCCCCUCAUCGGUGACCAUUAAAUCUGAAUUCCUGGCCAACUAUAAGCACCGGGGGGUUAGCCCGCAGUCAUCGUCGCCACCCAUAUCGCCGGGCGGGUCAGACCACUCGGACCACCACAACCACUACAGGGGCGACAUAGGAGGCCCGGGUCUGCCCCAUAACCAUCACCAGUCGUCGCAACACAACCAUCACCGACAGCACCGGCAACAACAACAACAACACCACCACAACCGCAACCAUCACCCAUACCGGCCGCCCAGCUCUACAUCAUCGGUGGGCGGCGGCGGCGACCGUGAGAGCCGGUGCUCGACAACCACACCCGCAGACAGGCCUCCAUCGGCCGACUCGCCCGGUUGUCGCACACCGUCACCGCCGGCCACCCCUACGGCCGGCGCCGCCAACAACUCGCAGACCUCACACAAUAGCCAUAAGAAAAAUGGCAAAAUUAGCGCCAAAUCCGAGCCCAACCCCUGCGCCGAGCUCUUGAAGGGGAAGUGCAAUUGUCCGGAGCUCGAGCGGGUCGAGUGUCGGCUCGAGAAUAAGGACCUGUGGGACAGGUUUCACGAGUUGGGCACCGAAAUGAUCAUCACUAAGACCGGCAGACGGAUGUUCCCAACAGUGCGGUGCUCGUUCGCUGGCAUUGAGCUAGAUGCUCGGUACGUGGCGCUCAUGGACAUUGUCCCUGUAGAUGUGAAGCGGUACCGAUACGCCUACCACCGCAGCUCAUGGCUGGUGGCCGGUAAGGCGGACGCGCCGGCACCCAUCAGGCUGUAUAUGCAUCCGGACGCCCCCUUUACUGGCGAACAGUUGCGCAAACAAGUGGUCUCGUUUGAAAAGACCAAGCUCACCAAUAAUGAGAUGGAUAAAAGUGGUCAUAUUGUGCUAAACUCAAUGCACAAAUACCAGCCCCGUGUGCACUUGGUCAAAUUAAGGCCCGACUAUCACUAUAAUGGCAAUACACCGGUCAUCAGUAAUAUCGAGUACCAACAGUACCGGACAUAUGUAUUCCCGGAAACACAAUUCAUCGCGGUCACAGCCUACCAAAAUCAGCUGAUAACAAAACUGAAGAUCGAUAGCAAUCCGUUUGCCAAAGGGUUUCGCGAUUCCAGUCGUCUAACAGACCUGGAAAGGUAUGAAAUGUAA